AUGACUAAGGAUGCAAAGAUUAGUCUUAUUUAUUGUAGAAGUGAAGAGAAGGUUGCAGACAUGUUCACAAAGCCCCUGAAACCAGUGUCCUUUCUAAAGCUACGCGAUCAACUUGGUACUAAUGUACAGUUUAUGGAAUCAUUUUUAAGCAAUUCAUACAGCUCUGCUUCUAUUGAGGCAGAAACUGGAAUUGAUUGGAUCAGUGCGUUGCCAGAUUCUGUUAUUAUUGAAAUUCUUUCUAAAAUCCCCAUUACAGAUGCUUGCACAACAACUAUUCUCUCUAAACGUUGGCAAAACAUCUGGACUUGUAUCCACGACCUGAAUUGUUACCGCUCGAACACUGGUUGGUCUGCUAAGAGGUUUAUUUCCUUCAUCCACAAUGCAUUACCUCUUCUUAACUCCUCUAAAAUUGAAAGCUUCACUCUACAUUUCAGAUCUAACAUUGCUCUGUCAAAUUAUAGUUCCAAACGCGGCAAAUGGCUUGAAAUUGUAUUGAAGAAAAAAGUGGAGAAUCUUGACCUAGAUUUAAGGGGUUGCGACGAAUUCUUGGGCUAUUAUUUGGAAAGUGAUCUGUAUAGCUUGCCACAGGAACUUUGCAGCAGUUCAUCACUUGUAAAACUAAAAUUCAAGUUUUGCAAAAUACCAGAAGAUCGUAUACUGAAUUGCACAUCCCUAAAGAGUUUAACACUAACAUUUGUGCUUCUCAGUGAGGAACACAUGAAACAAAUAACAUCAAAUUGUCAUCACCUGGAAUCGUUGAAGCUGUGUGGUUUUUGUGGUUUUCAUCGUUUGCAUUUAACUUCCCCAAAAUGUACGAGAUUUGAAUUGAGUAACCACACACAUCCUCUUGACUAUAAGGGAGAUGAGUGUUACUUUGAAAUUGUUGCUCCAUAUGUUCAACAUUUUAGGAUUUCAGGGAAUUUUGAGGGUGUGGGAAUUAGGCUCGGGGACCUGUUGUCUUUGAUCCACGCUGAUCUUACUUACAACUUGUAGGACUUCCGUGAAUUAGAUGAUGUAAUUGACAAAAGCAUAGUGAAAGAUCACUUUACAAGUGUAGCAUGUGCUAAUGAGCUAAUCAUCCCAUCCUUGUAUAUCGAGAUGAUUUCCAUGCUGAUAUUGCAAAAAGAAGAUGUUUCAUUACCGUUGUUGGAGUGCAAACGAUUGACGAUAAAUUCUUGGAUUAGCAAAUAUGCCUUCCUUGGCAUCGACAGACUCUUAAGUUCAACUCCUUGUCUAGAGAAAUUGACAAUACAUCUUAAA